AUGCUUAAAUGCGACGUGUGCUUCCGGUACUUCGAAACCGCCUACGCGCUGUCUCAGCACUCCAAAGCAAAGCUUCACAACUACUGCGACCCGUGCGAUCGGUACUUCGGCAGCGAGCAUGCGUUGCGCCAGCAUCGAGAGAACUCCAGUCGCCACGUCCAGGAGUUUCGAUGUACCGUCUGCAACGGAGAGUUUGCUUGCGAGCCUGCGUUGCUGUGGCAUCAGUGUGUAGCGCCGCCGGGGGGGACCGCCGUUCGCGUCCGCACCCCCGCCGCCGUCCCCACCGCUGCUACAGAGGUCGUCCACCACAAUAACUUCUGCACCACGUGCGAGCGGCAGUUCCGUACCGAAGAGGCGUACGAGCAGCACAUGGCGUCGGUAGUCCACAAGCCCGUCUGUGAAGACCUGUCGUGUCCCUCGUGCCAGAGGACGUUUGUCGCGUUGUCGGCGUUCGUACAUCACCUCGAGAGUGGGGGGUGUGCGGGCGGCGCGACGAAGAGGUUUGUGGAUAGGGCUAUGAUGGCGGCGGAUCCAAUCGGGGUACUGGUGGCUGUGACGGGUGGGCAUGUUGAAGAAGAAGAUGAAGAUGACGAGGACGAGGACGAGGACGAGGAGAGUGGAAGUGAAGAUUACAAUGAGGCGUCUAGAAAUGAAGACGUCGAGUCGGAUAUUGAUGAUGAAUGGGGCACCGAAGACGACAGCGACUCCGACGACAACGGAGUCGUCAUCUUCACGCCGACCUCCUCCAGCCGGCCGUGCUCCUCUCUCUCGCUCACGCUCCCCACCCGCCUCGACUGCCGCCUGUGUCCCGACCGACCGGCCUUCAUCAAUGCGCGCGCAUUGGAGCAGCACAUGGCAUCUGCCGUAGCGCACGCACCGCGGAUCUACCACUGCCCGACGGCGUUUGGUGGCGGGCGGCCAGAGAAGAGCUUCCGGGCCGCGAGCGCGGUCAUUCAGCAUCUCGAAGCAGAGGCGUGUCGUGGUGGGUGGAAGACGUUGAACGCUGUCGUCCAGAUGCUGAAUAAGAGCCUGAAGAAGAGUAUUGGACUCGAUGAGGUUAGGCUGUUGAAGGGUGCCGUUCGGUCGAAAAAGUGGUAG